AUGGAGUCUUACUGCUCUCCUCUUCAGCUCCAGGGGAAUUGCAGCCCUUUCCUUUUUGACUGUGAUGCUCUGCUGGAGAAGUCGUAUGAUCCUAUUGCCAGUGAUCCAGCCUCAGACCCUGGUUACUUCAGUGCUGGAAGCUGCAGCCUGUCUCCCACCUCCUCUGUGGACUCCUUCUGCUUCUCCCCCACCUCUCUCCCGGUGACUGGACUUGAACAGGAUGCCUUGGACUGUUUUAUCUUCAGCAGCCCAGAAACACUUUGUGCUAAAUACGAGGCAAAGAAUCAGCUCUCCUCCGGAUCCUCCAAAGCCAGCUCAUCCAACAUCUGCAACACCACAAAGAAAUCCAGGUCCAGGUAUCCAGGAAAGAAGCGCCAGACAGCCAGUGAGAGGGAGAAGUUGAGGAUGAGGGAUUUGACCAAGGCUCUCCAUCACCUCAGGAUGUAUCUGCCCCCCUCAGUGGCCCCGGCAGGACAGACCCUGACCAAGAUCGAGACGCUGCGCCUCACCAUCCGAUACAUCUCUUACCUGUCAGCCCAGCUGGGCCUCAGUGAGGAGGUGCUAGAGCAGAGGAGAUCCGCAGGCUUUGUGGAGCAGCCCCAAACCCUGAGCCAGAUCCUGGGUCAGCCAUCAGCCAGCUUCAGCCCACAGGAACCAGGCUACAGUGCCAUGGAAACAGUGGGGCAGGACUGCAGACCGCAGAUUUCCUCUCUUCAGCACUCAUAUCAGGUUUCUGGUGGAAUUUGCUUCAGCAGCCAGCAGUACUGGACCCCACAGCAACAGCUACAACAUGCUGCCUUCUCUGGACAGUGCUGAGAGACUUUGCCUCUAUAAAAUGACUCUGUCAGCUUACUUUCAUUGCAACAAUGAUCUCUGAUGGAUUUGAAGGAUAAGGACAGAACCUCUUUUUUUCCUUUUUUGGUAUUUUAAG